AUGUUACGAAAGUCAAUUGCAUUCGCCUGCUCCGCAUUGUUUCUCCUCGCCGUCGCAACCUCGACCGUCCUCGCCGACAUCCCAGAGACCGACGCUGAACACAGUAACUACGGAGACACCGCCAAAGCCAAGGAGUUCGCGAAGGAGCAUAUGGGAGAGAAAGGCAAGAACCUGACUGAGAAGGAGGAGCUGAUGAUGUUGUUCACGCUGCACGACGCCAACAAGGACGGACACCUCGACGGAAUCGAAUUACGGGCGGCCUUUAGCGAUUAUAACGACCAGCACACCCCUAACUCUCAGUCGACUGUUACUCUCCAGCAGAUGUUGGAUAUGAUUGACCAUGUCAUCGGGGAAGAUGAUAUCAACAAUGAGUAA